UGUCAAGGACCACUCGCUCCGCCGACGACAACCGUCUCAACUGCAUUCAGUACUUGCAGUGUCCAACAUGCCUCCUUUCAAGGACGAGAACAUUUUGAUCAUUGCGCCAGGUUCUCAAACAACCUUGGCGCAACUUGGUCUACCAGAAUCAUUCACACCCGCUUCCCAUAGAUUCCCUACUCGCAUGUUCCUUGCGCCCGAUGGAAAGACCUACGAGCCUCACAAGAUUCGUUCUAGGAAGAAGGAGGUUGUCAGCAAUGGGGAUGUGGCGAUGGAGGGGACUAGCGCUGCGAAUGGGGUUGAGGAAGAGGAGUUCUACGAGGAUCCAGAGGAUAAUGAAGGAGCUAUCUAUCCACUGAAAGAGGGCCGAAUCGAAAACAUGCCAGCCUUCUUCGCUUUCCUGCAACAUGUCCAUGCUACCUUCGGUCCUCAGCUCCAUUCACCGAUUAUGUUGAUCGCACAACCAUGUUGGACAGCUAAGAACCAUGAGGAUGUCACACAAUUCAUAUUUGAGAAGUUCAAGACCCCGGCUCUCUGUAUUAUGGACAGUGCUCUGGCUACAUCGUAUGCUUUCGGUAUCGCCAAUGCCACAAUCAUCGAUGUGGGCUUUGAGAAGGUCGAUGUUACUGCUAUAACCGAUUUCCAGAUUUCAGGCAGAGGGGUUGUCCCAAAAUCUGGAGGAGAAGCUAUGACUCGGCGAUUGAUGCAGUUGCUCGAGUCAAAGGACUUCACUCGAGAUAUGGCUGAGCAAUUAAAGAAGAGUAUGAUCUGCGAGAUUCUACCACCAGGAACUCCAUUACCAGGUACAGACGAAGCAGCAGUGGCUGAGGAUGUCAUUACCAACCCAGCAGCGGCCGCAUCGACAGGUGCUGCUUCAUCCGGCCCAAGUGUCAAGAUCACCGAACCCCCCCGAGUUGCAGGACUAGAGCCCGAUCCAAUAGACGAUGAUCUUGGUCUCGAUGAGAAAGUUGUGGACGAUGAUGGUGUUUUGGAUGUUGCGAGUAUCGUGACUAGUGGCAAAACUCAGGAAUUCUUAGCGAAGAAGGAAAAGGAGAAGGCCGAAAAGGCAGCUGCACGAAAGGCAACAAGAGACGCGGAAAAGGCUGAGGCUGCAGCUGCAGCGGCGAGACCAGCAAGACUACCGAACUCGAAACGCCCUCGGGCCAUGUUUCAUUAUGAAGAGACUGUCAAGGAGGCACCCGUGGCUAAGAGACAAAAGACCCCUGAGGUAGCACCACCGCCGCCAGCAGUUGUUGAAGAGCCUGUAUCUGCUGUCGAAGCUAAGCCGAUGGGCAGUGAUGGCUUUCCAUCAAUGGGUGGCGAUCCUGCUGAGGAGGCCGCACGACGAGAACAGCAAAAAGCUGCACGAAAGGAGGAACGAAGAAAGAUUCGCGAAGAAGAAAAUCCUGAUCGAAUUCGCCGAGAUAUUGAGAUUGGUGUUGAGCGUUUCCAAGCUGCGAGCGAGGGCAUGAUCGAUUCUAUCGCAGAUACAGUCCACAGGACUGUUCUCUCGGUCAACGACAUCGGGAAGAGACAAGAUGCUUGGGAUGCACUGGUCAUUUGUGGCUCAGGAUGCAAAGUCAGAGGCUUCAAAGACGCUCUACUUGCUACCUUGAACAACCGGUACCUUGUAUCGCCAAGCUCUGCAACCAUGUUCAUGAGCGAGCUACCCUCCAACAUUGCCACACCCAGUGGUACCGGAUCAAUGACUCCCAAUGCCUCGUUCUCAUCUACGCCUCAUGCUCCUCCUACCGCCAGCGCAGUCAACCCCCUUCUUCUAGCUGCUACAACGGCAUCAAACCCUGUACUCAACCCCAACCUGUCGGUAGCUUCAUUCAACGGCAACGGCGCUCCUUCCCACUCCUCCCACUCUCAAUCUCCAACAAGCAUCAAGACCGCUACUCCUCCAAGUUACUUCCCUGAAUGGAAGCAAUACGACGAAGCCGUGUUCCUAGGGUCGCAGGUUGCGGCGAAGGUGAUAUUUGUCGUGGAUCAAGGACUGUCAAAGGGCUUCCUUUCAAGAGUUGAGUUCAACGAAGAAGGCCCUACGGCUAUUCAUCAAGUGGGACUUGUAUUCUAGGUGCCUCGGUUUAGGGUCGUCUUCAAAGGGGAGUUUUGGGUGUAAAUGAAAGCUAUCUGUACCGAGAAGAUCUGAAUGAAAAGCAAUACCCUUCUAUGCACGACUUGAAAUUGCUCAAAAAAAACAUGUCUGAGGUGAUUGACAUGUGUAUCAAUGUAACUUACGAAGGCUAUGGUUGAUAAGUGAUAUUUUUGCAAUUGCAAGUUCUUAUAACACC